AUGGAGUGCGGAAUUGAAGUUGACCGGAUCGUCAUGCCACGCAAAAAAUUCAUGGAUGCGUCUUCUCAGGAUGCCGUGUUCCCGGCAGUCUCCUCUACAAAAUGGAUAUUUCAAAAGUUUAUCAAACCUUGGAUGCUUAGAGAGCACGAAAAGUUCAUCUUUACAAACGCAAAGAUUGUUGAUCCUACCAGUGGCGGCGUGUCUGACGAUGUAACUGUCGUCAUAGAUGGUGGCCUCAUCAGCUCCAUUUCGCAAGAGACGCCACCAGGAAAUACAUUUGCGGAUGUGAAACAUGAGAAAGUCUUGAACUUACAGGGGAAAUACAUCUGUCCUGGUCUUAUUGACUGCCAUGUACACAUCGCUGUUGUUCCUGGAGAAGCCAAUCCGGCAUCAUACAGGGAUAUGACUGAGCAAAAAAGCCUGGUCCGCCAGCCAAGCGUUCUCAGAUCCAUGCUCCACCGCGGCUUCACCUCCGUUCGUGACUGUGGUGGUACAAGCCUAGCCAUGAAGGAGGCCGUGGAAGAAGGGAUUCAUCCAGGUCCUCGGCUCUUCAUCGCUGGCCGCGCACUCUCCCAGACUGGCGGCCACGGCGACAUGCGAAGCUCACAUGACACUCAACCUUGCUGCGGAGGUGCUGUGUCGGGUAUCAGUAGAAUUGUCGACGGCGUGCCGGAAUGCCUACGGUAUGCACGAGACGAGAUCAGACAAGGUGCGGAUUUCCUGAAAAUCAUGGGUGGCGGGAGGAGUGGCCAGCCCUACCGACAAGAUUGA